AUGUCUACACCUAUUCCUGGUCCAGCUGGCUGGCCUUUUCUUGGAAAUGUCAACGACAUCGAUCCUGAGGUUCCUAUCAAGUCGUUGAUGGACAUUGCGGACAAAUAUGGCUCUAUUUACAGCCUCUCAAUACUUGGAAAGCGUCGAGUAAUCGUCUCUUCGGUUGAGUUGAUGAAUGAAAUCUGCGACGAGAAGAGAUUCGGCAAGGUCGUCACUGCCGCUCUGGGAGAAGUCAGAAAUCUUACUGGAGAUGGCCUUUUCACAGCACACAAUGGCGAACACAAUUGGGAGGUUGCUCAUCGUGUCCUGGUCCCCGCUUUUGGACCGCUUAACAUUCGAUCCAUGUUCGACGACAUGAAGGACAUAGCAUCGCAACUGGUCAUGAAAUGGGCCCGCCACGGAAAUGAUUACAAAAUUCACGUCACAGACGACUUUACACGACUGACCUUGGACACCCUCGCCCUUUGCUCCAUGGACUAUCGAUUCAAUUCAUUCUACGCAGAGCAAAUGCACCCUUUCGUGGAUGCCAUGGUAAACGUUUUGUCAGAGUCAGGUGCACGUAUCAGAAGACCUGGCUUCUUGGCUGCCCUUUACCGUAAGGAAGAAUAUCAGUACUGGAAAGACAUCAAGUACAUGCGAGAGUUGAGUCUCGAGCUGGUGCAAAACCGCAAAAAACAUCCUGGGCAACGAAAGGACCUACUUCAUGCUAUGAUCCACGGCAAGGACCCGAGAAAUGGUGACUCUCUAAGCGACGACAGCAUCAUCGACAACCUAGUCACCAGUCUCAUAGCGGGCCAUGAAACUACGUCUGGUCUUCUAUCCUUCCUUUUCUAUUACCUGCUGAAAAAUCCAUCCGCCUACAAAAAAGCUCAAGAAGAGGUCGACCAAGUGAUCGGAGACGCAAGCAUCAAAGUUGAGCACCUGAGCAAGCUUCCCUACAUCAACGCAGUCCUGCGUGAGACAUUACGACUACAGCCUACUGCUCCCGCCUUCUCAAUUCAGCCCAACAACGAAGUCGACACUAUUGGUGGAGAAUACACCGUAUUCAAGGGAGAGCCCAUCAUUGCACUCCUACCAAAGAUUCACCGUGACCCGGCUGUCUACGGAGAAGAUGCCAACGAGUUCAAGCCUGAGAGAAUGCUCGACGAAAACUUCAACAAACUUCCCCCCAAUGCUUGGAAGCCCUUCGGCAAUGGCUCUCGCGCCUGUAUCGGCCGUCCCUUCGCAUGGCAAGAGGCUCAACUGGUGGUUGCGAUGCUGCUUCAAUACUUUGACUUCACUCUGGACGACGCAAAGUAUGACCUGCAGAUCAAAUCGACCUUGACCAUUAAGCCCAACCACCUUUACAUGCACGCUCAACUUCGUCACGGCAGAACCCCCACUCAACUCGAGCAAAUUCUCUCUUCGAAUGGAGCACCUGUCGCAACGCAGCAAUCUAGACCGCAUGGUGAGGCGGCCAGAGAGAGCGCUGGUGCUGGUGAUAGUAAGGGGCGACCCCUGACAAUUCUAUACGGAUCUAAUACCGGUACCUGCCAAGCCUUUGCUCAAGGACUUGCAGCUGAUGCUCCAUCUCAUGGUUUCAAGGUCACCAAAAUCGAUACCCUUGACUCUGCUAAGGAUAACCUACCAACAGACCAGCCAAUUGCAAUAGUCACAUGCUCAUACGAAGGUGAACCGGCAGACAAUGCUGCUCAUUUCUAUCACUGGCUCGAAUCACUUGAAGGAAAUUCGUCUGCAAAGGUCCAGUAUGCCGUCUUUGGAGCUGGCCACAGCGACUGGAAGAACACCUUCCACAAGAUCCCAACAGCGAUCGACAACAUUCUUCUUGCGCGUGGCGGAGAUCGCAUCUGCGAGAGAGGCUCAGCCAAUGCAGCGAACGGUGACAUGUUCAGCGAGUUCGAGAAGUGGGAAGAUGAAGUCUUCUGGCCUGCAAUGUCGAAGAAGUACGGAGGCGAUGGUGGUGCGACCGACUCAGCUGCCACUCAAAGCCUCACAGUUGAGGUCUCGAGUGUUCGAUCCUCCCACCUCCGUGCCGACGUAUACGAGGCUAGAGUUGUUGAUGCAAAGCUUCUUUCCAAGCCUGGUGCCUCGGAGAAAAGACACAUAGAAGUCGAGCUACCGGCUUCGGCAACCUACAGCAGCGGAGACUACCUGCAUGUACUACCUGUCAACCCAGCCGAGAGCGUGCAGCGUGUCAUGCGCAGGUUCAACCUCGCCUGGGACAGUGUCUUGACCAUCAAGGCUGCCGUAGGCACGAUUUUGCCUACCAAUGUUCCGAUCUCUGCCAACGACUUGUUUGGUGCCUAUGUUGAGCUUGGCCAGCCCGCAACCAAGAGAAAUGUAACGCUGCUUUUGGAUGCCUGCACAGAUGACGAGACCAAGAAGGAGCUCGUUCGACUUUCUGGUGAUGCCUUCAGCACGGAAAUUAGCGAAAAGAGAGUUUCGCUAUUAGACCUACUCAACCGCUUCCCUUCGGUACAACUACCUCUGGGUGCUUUCAUAAGCAGUCUGCCUCCCAUGCGCACCAGAUCUUACUCAAUCUCCUCAUCAAGCCUUGUCAGCCCUCACCGCGUUACUCUCACCUACGCUGUAUUACACCAGUCACACAUGAGCGGUAUGGGCGAGUAUGUCGGUGUAGCUAGUAACUACCUCUCCAAGCUCGCCACGGGAGACAAGUUGCACGUCGCCGUGCGCCCCUCAAACCAGGCUUUCCAUCUGCCCACCGACUACGAAAACACACCCGUCAUCAUGAUCUGCGCCGGCACGGGCCUCGCACCCUUCCGUGGUUUCGUACAGGAAAGAGCCGCUCAGGUCGAAGCUGGGCGCAAGCUCGCACCUGCUCUUCUCGUUAUCGGCUGCAGAAGCCCCGACGAGGAUGAGCUCUACCGUGAGGACUUUGACAAGUGGGAAGCUACAGGUGCCGUCAAGAUUCUUCGUGCUUACAGCAGAAAAUCAGACGCCAGCGGAGGAUCAAAGUAUGCACAGGACGCCUUGUGGGAGCACCGUAAGGAAGCUCUCGAGCUUUGGGAUGCCGGCAGCAGAGUUUACGUCUGUGGUAGCCGUGGCCUUGAGCGCAGUGUACAGCAAGUUUGCCAGAAGAUUUACAUGGAAAAGGCGAAGGAUCUUGGCAAGGACAAGACUGAGAAGGAAGCUGAGGAGUGGUUCGAGGGCAUCCGCAACGUCAGAUUCGCGACCGAUGUCUUCACCUAA